GGGGCCCUGAGCAGCCUCGCGGGCGGCGAUGCCUGAGAGGCGGCUCACGGCGGAGCCUCCCGUUAUUACAGAAGACGGAUUCGAAGAUUCUUUGGAAACAGAUAGUUUCCUUGUGGAUUACUUUAAUGAAUUCCUAAGCCUGCCUACCUUUCCAGAGGCGAUUAGAUUUAAUGCAGAUUAUCGUGUUUUUGAAGUAGUUAAUAAUGCUCCACAACUUCUGGAAAAGCAACUGAAAAGAAUUCUAUACACCCACCAACCUCGAAAUCCCAUCUAUGAUGUUGUAAGGAAAGGAAUGUGCGAUGGAAAAUCCUUUCAGAAGAGGGCCCCCAGUGAGGCGGAGACAGUGAAUGUCAACUACAGUAUCAUGUGUCUCAGCCAAGAGGAAGGCGUUGAAUGGGUCAAGAAAAAAAGACUUCCAGCAUUCCUGGAAAGCGACUGCUACUUUGAGUACAGGCUAGCUAGAUUCAUCUCACAAGUAAGAUGGAGUGGAAUGGGCACGAAUGUCACAGUAGCUACUGGUUUUUCUCCCUGGCUACAGAAAAAACCACCCACUCCCCCACCAGCAGUCGUUGAAGAUGAAGAUGUUUUAAUUAUGAAAAAGUUCUAUGUUUCCAUGGGCCAGGCAUCCUAUACCCAAACCAAAGAUUGGUUUACCUUAGCAAAGCAAAGCCAGCAAACUGUGGCUACCUUUUCCCUACCUCCUUAUGUUUGCUACAACAAAAUUGAAGCUCCAACACCAUCCAUCACCUCUGUGUCUGAAAGCGCCAUCUUUGAUAACAGAACCCAUUCCUGGGCCAAGAAAACCAUGUCCAAUGUUGAGAACACUCUUUCUGAUCUCAAAGAGGAUAUUGGGUCUAUGUGUCUACAAGACACCACUUCUCAAACUCUCCUGAGAAUAUACCUUGACUCCCAACGGGAUGUUGAAGAAAACGUGACCCUGCAUUUUGGAAAUUGUGAAGAAUUUUUGAAAUCUUACAUAUUAUAUAUUUUGAAAGAAUCUGUUUACCAGGUCGCAGGGUCACCAUAUCAAGGGCACCCCAAUUAUGUGAAUUUCACCAACGUCUCCAAGGUGGUGGUGGAAGAGUGUUACAAACCUAAACUUCACCAGGAUUUGGAGCCAGGUGAAAUAGCUGAGACCACCAUGCAAAAGUCUGAAGGAAUAGCAGAGAAGGAAAGUUUGAAGAGCGAGAGCUUGCCUUCGGAAAGCAGGUCCGACUGGUGUGUGUCUCAUGGGACAUAUGACAUCGGGAACAGGAAGGAGUUUGAGAGAUUUAAGAAAUUUAUCAAAGGCAUUUUAGGAGAGAAAUACUUAUGGUUGUGGAUGGAUAUCGAAAGAUUAAAGGCUCUGAAGCACUGUGGCUCACAUUCCAGACAUCUUGAGAAGAUGAAGAGACUCUACCUGGUGAGCAACGGAGAGUGCUACCUUUCGAUGGAGAUCUUAACCAAGUUUAAACUGCUGGAGGGGUCUUAGUGGAAUGAAGAGCAUUUAACUAAUAUCCAGGUGGAGGUGGUUAAACCUUUACUUCUGUAUUGGGCUCCUCGAUUCUGUAUCACCCACUCGCGUGCCACCAAGAUCGCCAGUGCCCAGCUCAAAUUCUGGCACAUUCAUCAGCAGAAACCCAGGAAGGACGUGGACCCCUUCCCACAAAUGGCAACGCUGCUGCCCUUACGGCCCAAAUCUUGCUUCCCUCGGAUAGCGGGGAUGCAGAAAGAACAACCCAGUGCAGUACAACCUCCCAAAUCUCCCAGAAAGUCACUUGCACCCAGAAUAGCAACUCGAAAAGCUUGGAAGAGUGAGGCUUCCUACCAGCCCAGGAUGUCUAUGGAUGAUACGAUUGAAAGAGAGUCCAGGUACACAACAGAACAGAGCAGAAUUUUUCAUUUGACAUCUUUCACCGACAUAUCUGAGUGCUUGAAGCCCCAGCUGGAAAGGAGAUUUACUUAUACGGAAGAAAAUGUGGUUAAAACCUUGGUGGAAGAUGCCCUUGGAGGAUUUAACAUGGAGAAUUUGUUGCAGUCUUUGUAUGUAGAAACUCGAGCUAGAUUUUUCUUUACUAAAUUCUGCGAAGAUACUGGGAACAAGUUGUGGAAGAACAGCGUGUAUCUCUGGUUUGAUCUCCAGGCUUAUCAUCAGCUCUUCUACCAAGAGACACUUCAGCCUUUUAAAAUAUGCAAGCAAGCCCAACCGAACUCCCUACUCUACCCCAUCUAA